AUGUCAGUCAGAAUGACGUCGAGUCUUCCUCUGAUCUUUCUGCUUGUGAUUCAGGGUGAGUCACUGAUAGAUUGGAGUGUGACUUACAGUCAUUCAAACAUAUGUGCACUAAAGGGGUCAAUGGUGACAAUGCCCUGCACAUACAAAUACCCUUGUAAUCAUAAAAUCAAAAAUAAGUUCUGGACCAAAACUCGUGUAUUGGCCAACGUGGAGCCUCAAAAUCUAUUUAAUGAGCCUGAAUACAGUCAGAGGAUUCAGUAUCUGGGAGAUAAACAGCAGAACUGCACCAUCAGACUGAAUGAUGUGACACAGAAGGAUUCACACGAGUACUAUUUCAGAUUCAUUACUGAUAAACCUGAUGGAAGAUGGACUGGUUAUCCUGGAGUGACUCUUAAUAUCACAGAUCUUCAUGUGGAGUCUCCUGAGAGCGUGACAGAGGGAGAUACAGUCAGUCUGACAUGUAAAAGCACCUGUAAUCUGACUGACAGAACAACAUUCAUCUGGUGGAAAAACACACAGUCAUUAACUGAGAGAAACAAUAAACUCCUCCUGCAGUCAGUCAGAAGAGAGGAUGCAGGCAGAUAUAGCUGUGCUGUACACGGACACAAACUCACAUCACAUCAUGUUUAUCUCAAUGUUAAAUAUUCACCAAAGACUGUCUCAGUGUCCAUGAGUGGAUCUGGUGAAAUAGUUUUGGGUGAUUCAGUGACUCUGACCUGCAGCAGUGAUUCAAACCCACCUGCUAACAUCAGCUGGUUUAAAGGGACAAAAUAUAUUGGAUCUGGAGAAAUCUACAGCAUCACAAGUAUCCGCUCUGAUCACAGUGGAGAAUACAAGUGCAAGUCCAGAAAUGAAGUUGGAGAGAAAUACUCUGAUACUGUCACUUUAAAUGUCAUGUACUCACCCAGGAAUGUCUCAGUGUCCAUGAGUGGAUCUGGUGAAAUAGUUUUGGGUGAUUCAGUGACUCUGACCUGCAGCAGUGAUUCAAACCCACCUGUUCUGAACUACACCUGGUUUAAGGAGAAUGAAAGUUCAUCUGUUGGAUCGGGACAGAGUUACAGUGCACUACAGAGUGGAUUCUUCUACUGUGUGACUCAGAAUCAACAUGGAUCUCAGAGAUCAGCUGCUGUAUCAGUGACAGUCCGUUAUAGAUCUGGUUGGCAUGUAGUGUUGGGGAUCACAGUGGGUGGAACAAUAAUCAUCAUCAUCUUCAUCAUCUUCAUCAUCCUGUUUAUAAUUAAGAGAGAAAGAAUGAACAGAAGAUCUGCUAUAAAGGAGAAUGAGACUGCUGAUCGCUGUGAUGACACAUACACAACUCUUGAUCUCAAGACCAGAUCUUCUGAUGAUGUGUACAACACAAUCACACCCAACAGGAAGAUGGUGCAGUAAGAGGCGGAGCACAACCAAUCAAAUCCUUUCAUCACUUCUGUGGGUGGAGCUUCGGAUGAUUGACAGGGAUCAUAACAAUAAGUUAC